AUUCUCUAACGUUGCAAAAUGGCGUCGAAUUCAUAAUACCCUUUCAAUUUCACCAUAUAUUUGUUAAUUUCAGUCGAAUUUUAGGAUUGAUUAAGGUACAUUUAGCAUAUCAUUAAUUGUCAUCAGUGAUUCUAGAUCCUUGCCAAAUUUCACGUCCGUAGCUGCAUCUGACACUGAGAAAAAGAAGGUUGAUUUUAUUGAAACAAGCUUAAGAUGAAGCAUCCUGUUUAGUUCGAAAUUCGUAAAGGACUUGAUAAUGACAUCAAUGAGAUGAGAUGGUUUUCAGAUCUGCAUGUACUCAUAGUUGAUUGAUGACUAUGAUUUGGUAAUAAACAACAUGGCAGAUAGAUAUGGAUCCAGCAUUGGUGGCCUGUUGCCAUCACGGGCGAUAUAUCCGGCAUCCAGUUUCAGAUUUGGUCCAUACCUCAUCCUCCUGGUUGUGUCUAAAUUUAUGAGAGCCUUUGGAUUCUUCCUCAGUUAUGAUAUUCUGAAAGUUGUCCAUGUCGUCCAGUUUCUCUGUAUUGUCAAACUCGGGUCUGCGGUUGUGUUGGUGUUGCUACAGAGGCCUUUUUCCAGUGGACCAAAAAUUACAAAACACCAGUGGCUUCGAAUAAGUCGACAUGCUGUGUUUGGAUGUAUAAUCAACCUGUUGUGGUUCUUUGGGCUCACCCUUUGUGGUCCCCUGAGAACCAUAUUGUUGUUUGAACACAGCGAGUUGGUCAUGAUAGCCGGAGCGAGCGCACUCUUCACGAGUGCGGGAGGUGGCCCAGCAAAGCUGCGUGGUGCAGUGUUCUUUCUGAUUGCGGUUGUGAGCCUGCUGCUUUUUGACAAUGAUGAUAUCGCAGCCAAUAUGGAGGAUAAACAGCAUCACUUGACUGAAGCAAACCACCAACACAGUAGUAUCAUUACCCACACUUUCUACCAUAUCACCUCAUGGAUAGGACUCUCUGAUCAUAAGGGUGGUGUGUUCCUGUUGUUCAUAACCCUAUGUAUGAACACAGUCUACACGAAUGUCUCCAAGAAGUUGUCCAUUGCUGUUGGAGGUGCCAAGCGUCUCCAUGCCAUUUCAACUCUGAUGUCCUUUUUCCUGCUCCUACCAUGGGCAUUGUUUAUAUACUUCACGAAAGUUGUGGAAAAAGAAGUCUCCUCCAUGUCACUGGUUUUGCCCUUCCUUGUUGCGACACUCGUCAUAUUUGUGUUGGACUAUUACAUCGAAGCGGUGGCAACAAAUCGACUAGAAGCUGUCAAUGUGGCCAAGUAUGGCUCGAUUAGUAUAUUUGUCUCCGGGCUGAUUCUGAGUUUAUUCUGGAGUGAGGCAUACAAAGCUAAAGUGACGAUACAUCAUCAUAUCCAAGAGAUAAUUGCAGAAGAACAUGCCUUGUCUGGUGGCGUCAUUUUCAGCAUCAUCCUGAUCAUAUUCGCCACCACCAUCCUCACAAGUCCUAGUCGUGGAUCGAGAGGCAGUUUCAUCGGAUACUCCUCCAGCGGUCAACCUCUCUAUAGCUUCGCUGGAGAUGCCUUGCAACGAACCUCACACUCUGUCAUUGUGAUUGCCAAAAAUGGACUCAAACAGAUACUUGAAAAUUCAGAUUCAAGACAAAUAUUUUACUUUUUGUGCAUUAAUUUGUUGUUUACGUUUGUUGAGCUUGUAUACGGUGUGUGGACGAACAGUCUUGGUCUAAUAUCGGAUGGUUUCCACAUGUUGUUUGACUGUUCUGCAUUAGUGAUGGGUCUUUAUGCUGCUGUGAUGUCGAGGUGGAAAGCUACUAGGAUAUUUUCUUAUGGGUAUGACCGAAUAGAGGUGCUAUCUGGUUUCAUCAAUGGAUUGUUCUUGACUACGAUAGCUUUCUUUGUUUUUACCACUGCCCUUGGUAGAGUAUUUGAUCCACCGGAAAUCAAUACGGAUCGUCUGCUGACCGUUUCUGUCCUGGGUCUUUUAGUUAACCUCAUUGGUAUUUGUGCAUUCCGCCAUGCCCACAGUCACGGGCAUGGUCACAGCCACGGUGGAGGACAUGGCCAUAGUCACGCCCCUGCUGGCCAGGGUCAUGGCCAUAGUCACGGAGGUCACGGCCAUAGUCAUGGGAGUCAAGUGCAAGUCGAUCAUCCUCAUCAUAAUACAAAUAUGGAAGGAGUUUUCCUUCAUGUCUUAGCCGAUACACUGGGCAGUGUCGGAGUCAUCAUCUCAUCCAUACUGAUAGAAAAUUUUGGUUGGAAUAUCGCGGAUCCAAUCUGCUCAUUGUUUAUAGCUGUGAUGAUAUUCCUGAGUGUAAUACCCUUGUUGAAAGAAGCUUCCCUCAUCAUGCUGCUCAGAACUCCUAUAGAAUUACAAAAGGAAUUAGGGCAGGGUUUACAAAAGGUAUUAUCCAUCGAAGGUGUGACUUCAUAUAGACAGCAGCAUUUCUGGCAACAUUCCUCCAAAGUUUACUGCGGCAUGCUGCACAUCCAUGUCUCACCGGAUGCUGCCGAACAGAAAAUAAUCAAACAGGUUACUGCCAUUUUUAAAGAAAUUGGAAUCAACAACAUGACAGUUCAGGUGGAAAAGGAGGCGUUUUUCCAACAUAUGUCUGGGCUUGGGAUGCCCAUAGAACGUGUGCAACCAAUUGACAAAACGACAAUGAGAGUGGACUUUGACAGUAUACCUGUGGCAAUCAAAUCUAUAUGAGGAGGAAGGUUCUAUAUUCACCAUUGUUUCUUUCAUGCUGCAUGCCCUUGGUAAAAUACGUUUCAUGUUUUAGUCAAAGAGGCCCGAGUGCUCCCUGCCUAAUGUGUUGACUGCAAAAGAUUGCUCCUUCAUUGUGAUGUUGUAAUUCUUUUUUUUAUUGUGACUUAGAGGAUUCGUUUCUAGAAUUGUUCCAAUUUUGAGGUUUCAGGGCUAAGACUACAGUGCAAUGUACUGACAUGUAAAAUUUGUUCUGCCUUUUUGAAAAUAUUGGUGCUGUUAGGUUUUGAUAGCAUUUUGUUUUUAAUGUCGGUGAUGGAGGCCUAUGUGUACAUGUAUGUCUAGGAAACCUGUGCAAAGUUUGCUGUGACAUUUGUAACUUUCAAACAAAUCUGAUGAACAGAGAUCUCAUUAUGAAUAUGAAUAUGUAUAUAUUGGCUCACAAAAGGUCACUGGGAAAGCCAAAUGAUAUUUGUAAAUCUUGUGUACCAUUAGGCCAAAUAUUAUUAUUAUCAACAUGUACAUUGUUUGGUGCGGUUGAAAGAGUUCUUCAUGUUUUUGUCCGUAAAUGUAUUGGUACACGGUGGGUCAAAAAUUGGAGUGGGGCUUUUUUUUACUGCUACUACUAACAUGUAUAAAGAUGGCUAUGUGUGGGACAACAUUAAGACAGUGUGUAGUGAUAAAGUGUGGGACCCUGGUCACUUAUGCAUUUGUAGCAUAUUAAGUUGGUACUACAUUUUGUGAAUCAUGUUAUCAGAAUUUUUUGCCAAUUUGUCAUGUUUUCAUUUCGUUUGUUUGUACAAAUGUAAGAUAAUAAAGUAAUUUUGUAUCAGA